GCCGGGGUGCUGGGUCGAACGACAACGCCCGAACCGACAGGUCCCGCAAGGUACAGCUGGCAAAAGCGCUCGCCAGGUGCUGCCUCCUUGAGUCCUAUCGGGUCUCCAGCCCCCAACAAAGAGGCCGAGCAGCUGUUGUCGGACCAGGAUCGACCGCAUGCCAACAGCUUCACUUUCGGCGAUCCCUUCCGUGCGCAGGAGCGGCCGAACUCCGCCCCUGCUGAGCGUGGUCUCGGGAUGCUGACGCCGCCGCUCGUAGGGGGCGAGCAUGACUCCGCUUUGGAAGAGGCGCAUGCACGAAGGAUGCCUGUGCAGGCAUCCAAAACGCUAUCUCCGGAGCAGCGGUUAUCUCCGGAGCAUCCAACAUUCCAUCCGCAACCUCAAAGGCACUGGGUGACUUCACUUCUCGAGUCGGAAGCGUCUCCGAAUUUGCAAAGCUGCGGUCUCAAGAUGCGUCUGGAGGUGUUGUCCUGA